UAUUCUUGUACCUAUUGUAAGGUGUUAAUUUCUCCAAGAAAGUCGUAGCGAGGAGGAAUUUUACAUGACUUGUGCAGCUGUCUGAGAAUGGAAAGGGGAGUUGCAAAAAGAGGACCCACUGAUGCAUGGAAAUGCAAAGACAAUAUCUCUUUUCGGGUCGAUAGGUAGAUGGGAUUGGAUCUGAUGUUCUGUUAGCCCCUGUUCAAGAUUCUAUCCUUCACUUGUAUUCUACUCCCACCCUUUUCUUCUCUUUCUUCAUAUGCUUAUAAGACAUUCCUGAACGCAACUUCCAUAGGUGAGGAUCGGUUGAGAACAACGAGUAAUAGGCAGUAGCCAGCUUCAAUCAAGAUUAGAGUAUGCAGAAUAUAGCAGAAUCAUAAUUUGCAUUCUUGAAAGCAGAUAGGCAUAAAGCUGAUCUAGAUCAUUUUCAGACUACAGAAUGUAUCAUCACCAUCACCAAGGAAAGAACAUACAAACUUCCUCGCGAAUGUCUGUUCCGCCUGAAAGGCACUUGUUUCUUCAAGGUGUGAAUGGCACCGGAGAUUCAGGACUCGUUCUCUCCACUGAUGCUAAGCCAAGACUCAAAUGGACACCAGACCUUCAUGAACGGUUCAUAGAAGCAGUAAAUCAAUUGGGAGGUGCUGAAAAAGCUACUCCAAAAUCAGUCUUGAAGCUUAUGGGAAUUCAAGGACUAACCUUAUACCACUUGAAGAGUCAUCUUCAGAAAUACAGACUGAGUAAAAACCUCCAUGGACAAGCUAAUAGUGGCAGCAAUAAAGCUGCAGGAGAUAGAAUGCCUGGAGCGAACGUCACCCACAUGAGCAAUCAACACACAGCGAACCAAACAACUAAGAACAUGCAGUUGGGUGAAGCGAUACAAAUGCAAAUUGAAGCGCAACGGAGGCUGCACGAACAGCUUGAGGUACAACGGCAUUUGCAGCUGCGAAUAGAGGCCCAAGGUAAAUAUUUGCAGUCUGUGCUAGAGAAAGCACAGGAAACACUUGGAGGACAGCCCAACAUGGGAACAAUUGGCCUAGAGGCUGCCAAGAUUCAGUUGUCUGAUUUCAUGUCCAAAGUAUCUGCCCAAUGCCUGAAUUCUGCAUUUUCAGGGAUGAAAGAACUCUCAGACUUGUGCCUCCAGCAGAAACAAACUACUCAGCCAACCGAUUGCUCGUUCGAGAGCUGCUUAACCUCAUCAUUUGAAGGCUCCCUCAGAGACCAAGAACUACACAAUAAUCUCAUGGGCUUCAAACCUACCACCUAUAGAGCACCUGCAGAGCAAAGGGAUAACGAAACUGAAACCAGAACGUUCUUUUCGACAGCAAAUGGCACUUCGGAAAAAGCAUUCUUGGCAGAAACCAACUCCAGCAACUUAUCAAUGAGCAUUGGACUUCAGAGCGGGACAUGGAACUGUAGUGGCAACCAUCCAGAGGAAAGGAUUAAAGCCAAUGCAGAUAUCAAAUUUUUCAGCCAGAAAACCGACAACAAUGAUGUAAUGAAGCUGGAGAAGCAGAAGACGUCCUCCGAGUUGAAACUGCCUUUGUUUUCAACAAAACUCGACCUUAACACAGACGACGAAAAUGAUGCUGCUUCAAGUUGCAAGAAGUUGGAUCUGAAUGGCUUC